AUGAAAGAUCCUUUAGGUGUGCCACAUGAGUGGUAUCAGCCAGGGGACUUCCACAUUGGUGGUGUGAUUUCUCAGAUCUAUUAUGAUGUUCACACACCAGCAUUUAAUGAAUUUCCUCAGAAGUUGUUCGAUGUUCCACAUAUGAUGACCAAGUUUUACCAGCAUGUCUUGGCCUUGGCAUUUGCUGUAAAGGAGAUCAAUGAGAACCCUGAAAUCUUGCCCAAUAUCACCCUUGGAUUCCAUAUGUAUGACAGCUACUACAGUGACCAAAUGACCUACCGCACCACUCUGGAUCUGCUUUAUAAAUUUCACAGAUAUUUUCCCAACUACAGAUGUGAUUCCCAGAAAAAUGUAAUAGCUAUCAUCGGGGGACUUGGCGCUGAUAUCUCCUUCCACAUAGCAGACAUCUCAGUUCUGUACAAAAUUCCACAGCUCACAUAUGGCUCUUUUGCACCUGAAGAGAGGGAUGCAGGACGGUCCCCUUCCUUUUACCGCAUGGUACCAAAUGAAGCCUAUCAGCAUAUGGGGAUUAUCUGGUUACUUCAGCACUUCAGGUGGACGUGGGUUGGGCUCUAUGUUGUCAAUGAUGAGAGUGGAGAACAUUUUCUGCAGACCCUGGAGCCAUUGCUUUCCCAGAACAGAAUCUGCUUAGCCUUCACAGAAACUGUACCAAACCAAGCGCAUUGGAAUGACAUGCAUUACAUUAAUGUUGUAGCAUCACUAAUGUUUCAACCUUUUCAAGAUCGCAGGGCCAAUGUCUAUAUCUUGUAUGGAGAAUCUAAAACCUUAGUAGGAUUGAUGACUUUAUUACAUAUAGGAGAUGGUGCCUAUAUGGAAAACGCAACAUUGAGAAAGGUAUGGAUUAUGACGGCCCAGGUUGAUUUUGCAUUAACAGGCCUUACCAAGGCACAGGAUUUCCAGUUCUUCCAUGGUUCACUUUCCUUUAUGAUUCAUUCCAAAGAGCUUCUUGGCUUUCAGACAUUCCUUGAAGACAUAAAACCUGACUGGAAGGAAGGAGAUGGAUUUUUCCCAGACUUCUGGGAGCAAGCCUUCUACUGUUCGGUUCCGAACCCUCAGGAACCUAUGGAUGCCUUUGCGGUGUGCACCGGGGCAGAGAGGCUGGAGAGCCUUCCUGGGCCUCUUUUUGAAAUGCACAUGACUGGUCACAGUUACAGUAUCUAUAAUGCUGUGUAUGCCAUAGCACAUGCAUUGCACGCCAUGUCUGCGUUCAGAUUUGGUCACAGAGCAAUGGCGGACAGCCAGAGAUUUGAACUUCAUAAUUUCCAGCCUUGGCAGCUCCACCCAUUUCUUCAAGGGAUUUCAUUUAACAACUCAGCAGGUGAAACAGUCUCCUUUAAUGUGAACUGGGAAGUGGGCACUGGAUUUGAUAUCAUUAACCUGGUCACCUUUCCAAACACGUCCUUUGCCAGAGUUGUGCCUGUUUCUGUGUGCAAUGACUACUGCCAACCUGGUUAUCAAAAGAAAAAGAAGGAAGGGGAGAAGUUUUGCUGCUACGAUUGUGUUCAUUGCCCAGAAGGGAAGAUUACAGAUGGGAUAGAUAUGGUUGACUGUAUCAGAUGCUCAGAAGAACAGUACCCAAGCAAGGACCAAGAUGGAUGCAUUCCUAAAGUUAUAACCUUCUUGUCCUUUGAUGAACCUUUAGGGAUCAGUUUAGCUUCAGUUGCAGUUUCAUUUUCCCUAGUAACGGUCUUGGUUCUAGGUACAUUUAUGAAGCACAAAAAUACCCCAAUAGUCAAAGCCAAUAACCGGGAUAUCACGUACACUCUCCUGGUUUCUCUGCUGAUUUGCUUCCUCAGCUCUUUGUUAUUUCUUGGAUACCCUAAGAAGGUGACCUGCUUCUUCCGACAAUCUGCUUUUGGCAUUAUCUUCUCAGUGGCUAUUUCUUGUGUGUUGGCCAAAACGAUCACUGUGAUUGUUGCUUUCAUGGUAACCAAACCAGGAUUCAGCAUGAGGAAGUGGAUGGGGAAAAGACUGUCCAUUUCCAUUAUCCUUACUUGUUCCCUUAUGCAAUCAGGCCUUUGUGUCGUGUGGUUGGGAUCCUCUCCCCCUUUCCCACAUUUUGACACACAGUCACUGACUACUGAGAUAGUGGCAGAAUGCAAUGAAGGGUCAGUCUUCAUGUUUUAUAUUGUCCUGGGCUACAUGGGGCUUCUGUCACUCAUCAGCUUGACUGUGGCUUUCCUGGCCAGGAAGUUGCCGGACACUUUUAACGAAGCCAAAUUUAUUACCUUCAGCAUGUUGGUCUUUUGCAGUGUUUGGUUGUCUUUUGUUCCAACCUACCUGAGCAGCAAAGGGAAACACAUGGUAGCCGUGGAGAUUUUCUCUAUACUGUCCUCCAGUGCAGGGUUACUGGCCUGUAUUUUUUUCCCCAAGUGCUAUAUUAUUGUGUUGAAGCCUGAGCUGAACAAGAGAGAACAACUAAAAAGGUACCAGGCAGGGGACCUUGUGAUUGGUGGGAUUACUUCACAGAUCGUUUACAGCCUUCACGAACCUUUCUUCAAGAAACAUCCGUUGCACUAUCUGGCUGAGGUGCCAAUGAUUGUGACCAAGUUCUACCAACACCUCCUGGCCUUGGUGUUUGCCAUCCAAGAGAUCAAUGAGAAUCCAAAAAUCUUGCCCAACGUCACCCUUGGUUUUCACAUUUAUGACAGCUACAAUGAGUUUAAGAUGACCUAUCGCACCACUGUGGACCUGCUCUUUCAUUAUCACAGAUUUUUUCCCAACUAUAAAUGUGACAUUCAGAAAAAUACAAUAGCUGUCAUCGGAGGACUCAGCGCAGAUGUCUCCUUUCGCAUAUCAGAUAUCUUAGGUCUUUACAAGAUUCCACAGAUCAGAAACAAGUUAGCAAAAAGAUACAGGGAUGAGCCAAAGCGCUUGAAUACAGCGCGGGAGACCGGGCACCCCAACCCCAUCGUGAGGGCCCGAUCCAUGUGGACUUACCUCAAAACAAAAACCCCAGGAACUCAUAAUCCUGGAAUGCACGAACAAGAGGCGAAUGCCGCCUAA